AUGGGCUUCUGGGGCUCUCUCUGGGAAGGUGUCAAGGAGGGUGCAAAGUGGGUUGCUGACCAUUCUGGCGACAUCUUGAAGGCUGGGACGGCCAUAGCGAAGGUGGCAGGCGGGCUGGCUGCUGAAGGUAAAGGCACUAUUGCCUUCGCCAACGACCCUGUCUGGAAGCUAUACGACGAUUAUGAAAAAGCUUCGCAGGUUCUACUUAACAAGGCAGAGAUUACCACCUCACCCACCAACAGACAAGAAGUUGUAAAAACUGGGAAAGUCUGUGGUGUUUGGUGGAACCCAACUCCUUUUGCAAGCAACAAGCCAUUGAAUUUCAAUAUGAAGAGGGAUAUCUCCAAGCUCCUCAAGGCAUCUGCAGCGCCUGCGCAGAUUCUACACAAAGGGACCUGGUUAGACACAGCACAGGUGGUGUCGGAGGCAAUGUUUGCAAAUUCCCCUACAUUAUUUGCGGACUUGCUGGAUGGCGAAGAUCCUGUCCAGGUAACGUCAUUCGUUAUCAGAAACGACACUGGAGACUGCCAGAUCGAAGCAAAGCACGCCUACUAUGAUGUUCCCCUCGGCUCUACGAAUGAGAAUAACGCAUGGCAUGGUGCCAUUCAUGCCAAGACUACGGCAAGUGAGAAAUUCCUACAGGCUGAAGCCGCCAAAUUCUCCCGUGCACUGAUUAAUGACGAUGGUAAUGAACCUGUCACUCCUGGUGCUUCUUGGACUUCAACGAUCAAUGUGGACUGGAUCGAUCGGGAAACGGCAGAGCAGAACUUGAAAAAGUUUGAAACUGAAUUCAAAAAGAGGUUCCCCGAGUAUACAGUCAAGACAAACUCAUCAACUGGCUAUGAGCAGCUGCUCCAGAUCGCGGGCCCAGUGGGUGCCACGCCUGCGGAUAUCAGAAGCGCUGUCACCGACACUAUCAAAGGCAUGCUACCUCCGCAAAAUGAGGCGUUGCCCUCGAUCAAUGUGACAUUAUCGACACUUAAUUAA